GAGACGCAGGGGUGAUCCCGGACUGGCCCCGCCCUCUCCUGUCGCACGCGCUCACUCUCGCCGCUGUGGUCUCGAGGGCACAGGCCGCUGGUCCGACCGUCGGGGGUCAGUUUUUUUUUUUUAACCCAGUACCCGGACAGGACCGAGUACCGACCGCCAACUGGACCGAGAGAGCGAGAGAGAAAGAGGGAGGGAGAGAAAGAGAGAGAGAGAGAAAGAAAGGGUGAGUUCAUCUUCUUCUUUUCUUCCCCUGAAGGAUUCAUUUCUGAACCUGCUGGCGUGGUUCCGACCAGCCCAACAAACUGAUGCCUCCGCGGACAUAAUUCACUGUCGAAGAACCUGGUCGAGCAGAAACAACUUGCCCCCCCACUUUACACCCCUCCUGUCAGCGGGUUUGUUUUUUCUUUCACCCCCCCACCUCCCUGCAGUUCGUCAGGUCGUAGUCGGAGCCUGUUGGGACAUAAAUGGACGAGUCUCUGUAAGGAAAACCAAGAGGAAAAAAAAAAGUAAAGCCAGUCAGAGGAGCAGCUGCACUGUACAAGCACCAACAUGGCCAAUAACACGGCCGACCACCCGCCGGGGAAUUCGGUUGCAGAAGACAACCUGGAUGGAGACUUUGGGGUGACGGUGAAAGACUUGAGGGACCUCAUGGAGCUGCGGAGUGGCGAGGCCGUCACCAAGAUCCAGGAGGUGUACGGAGACGUGCAGAGCAUCUGCCGCCGCAUGAAAACAUCUCCUAUAGAAGGUUUGUCUGGAAACCCUGUGGAUUUGGAGAAACGACAGACCAUGUUUGGGAAGAACUUUAUUCCCCCAAAGAAACCAAAAACAUUCCUGCAGCUGGUGUGGGAAGCCCUGCAGGAUGUAACACUUAUUAUCCUGGAAAUUGCUGCCAUCAUUUCAUUGGGUUUGUCCUUCUACCACCCCCCAGGCGGCAACGCUGAAGCUUGUGGACAAGCUGCAGGUGGGGUGGAAGAUGAAGGAGAAGCUCAGGCAGGCUGGAUCGAGGGUGCAGCCAUCCUGUUCUCAGUCAUCAUUGUGGUCCUGGUGACGGCUUUCAACGACUGGUCGAAGGAAAAACAGUUUCGUGGACUACAGAACCGGAUCGAAAAGGAACAGAAGUUCACAGUUAUUCGUAAAGGACAGGUCAUUCAGAUCCCAGUGGCCGAGAUCGUGGUCGGAGACAUCGCUCAAAUCAAAUACGGAGACCUGCUGCCUGCUGACGGGAUCCUGAUCCAAGGAAACGACCUGAAGCUCGAUGAGAGCACUCUGACCGGAGAGACCGAUCAGGUUCGCAAAUCACUGGAGAAGGACCCCAUGUUGCUGUCUGGGACUCAUGUGAUGGAAGGAUCUGGCAGGAUGGUGGUGUCAGCUGUCGGCCUCAACUCUCAGACGGGCAUCAUCUUAACCCUGAUGGGCAGCAGUGAGCACGACGAAGUGAAGAAGGUCAAGAAAACCAAGACCCAGGACGGCAUCGCUCUGGAGAUCCAGCCUCUGAAGAGCGAGGAGGCUGCCGAGUCUGAGGAGAAGGAGGAGGUCAAACAGGUGAAGAAGGUCAACGUCACCAAGAAGGAGAAGUCUGUGCUGCAGGGCAAACUCACCAGGCUGGCUGUGCAGAUUGGAAAGGCUGGUUUGUUUAUGUCCGCUCUCACCGUCAUCAUCCUCAUCCUGUACUUUGUGAUUGACACCUUUGGGGUCCAGGGUCGUCAGUGGUUGGCUGAGUGCACGCCCAUUUACAUUCAGUACUUUGUAAAGUUCUUCAUUAUCGGUGUGACGGUGCUGGUGGUGGCUGUUCCUGAGGGGCUGCCGCUCGCCGUCACCAUCUCUCUGGCCUAUUCUGUCAAGAAAAUGAUGAAGGACAACAACCUGGUGCGUCACCUGGAUGCGUGUGAGACCAUGGGCAACGCCACGGCCAUCUGCUCAGACAAGACGGGAACUCUGACCAUGAACCGGAUGACCGUGGUUCAGGCCUAUAUUGGAGACACACACCACAAAAGCAUCCCUGAACCAGACGUCCUGAACCCAGAGACCGUAGACAUCUUGAUCAACAGCAUCUCUGUCAAUUCAGCCUACACCACCAAGAUCCUGCCUCCGGAGAAAGAAGGUGGCCUGCCCCGCCAUGUGGGCAACAAGACCGAGUGCGCUCUGCUGGGCCUGGUUCUGGACCUGAAGAGGGACUACCAGCCAAUCAGAGAGGAGAUACCUGAGGAGAAACUCUACAAGGUUUACACAUUCAACUCCUCCCGCAAGUCUAUGAGCACAGUGCUGCAGAACGCUGACGGAGGCUUCCGCAUGUACAGCAAGGGAGCGUCAGAGAUCAUCCUGAGGAAAUGCUCCCGGAUCCUAGACGCUCAGGGCCAGCCCCGCAUCUUCAAACCUAAAGACCGUGAUGAGAUGGUACGUAAGGUGAUCGAACCCAUGGCCUGUGACGGGCUGAGGACCAUCUGUGUGGCUUUCAGGGACUUCCCAGCUAAAGACGGGGAGCCCAACUGGGACAAAGAGAAUGAGAUCCUCAGUGAUCUCACCUGCAUCGCUGUUGUAGGCAUCGAGGAUCCCGUCAGACCUGAGGUUCCUGAGGCCAUUUCUAAAUGCCAGCGAGCAGGAAUCACCGUGCGUAUGGUGACCGGAGACAACAUCAACACGGCCCGCUCCAUCGCAACCAAGUGUGGCAUCCUGCUGCCGGGAGAGGACUUCCUGUGUCUGGAGGGAAAAGAGUUCAACCAGCAGAUCAGAAACGACAAAGGAGAGGUGGAACAGGAGCGUCUGGACAAGGUCUGGCCCAAACUGCGAGUUCUGGCCCGUUCGUCACCGACAGACAAACACACUCUGGUCAAAGGCAUCAUCGACAGCACUGUGGGAGAAACCCGACAGGUGGUGGCAGUGACGGGAGACGGGACCAACGAUGGACCCGCUCUGAAGAAGGCUGAUGUUGGCUUCGCCAUGGGAAUCGCCGGCACAGAUGUGGCUAAAGAAGCGUCAGACAUCAUCCUCACUGAUGAUAACUUCACCAGCAUCGUUAAAGCCGUCAUGUGGGGGAGGAACGUGUACGACAGCAUCUCUAAGUUCCUGCAGUUCCAGCUGACCGUCAACGUGGUGGCUGUGAUCGUAGCCUUCACCGGCGCCUGCAUCACACAGGACUCUCCUCUGAAGGCCGUGCAGAUGCUGUGGGUCAACCUCAUCAUGGACACUCUGGCCUCUCUGGCUCUGGCCACCGAACCUCCCACAGAGUCUCUGCUGCUGCGUAAACCUUACGGCCGCGAGAAGCCCCUCAUCUCCAGGACCAUGAUGAAGAACAUCCUGGGCCACGCCGUGUAUCAGCUGACCAUCAUCUUCACGCUGCUGUUCGCCGGUGAGAAGUUGUUUGACAUCGACAGCGGCCGUAACACGCCGCUGCACGCGCCCCCGUCAGAGCACUACACCAUCGUGUUCAACGUGUUCGUCAUGAUGCAGCUCUUUAACGAGAUCAACGCCAGAAAGAUCCACGGCGAGAGGAAUGUGUUUGAGGGCAUUUAUAAGAACCUGAUCUUCUGUGGCGUGGUGCUGGGGACCUUCGCCCUGCAGGUGGUCAUUGUCCAGCUGGGGGGCAAGCCGUUCUCCUGCCACCCUCUGACCCUGGACCAGUGGUUGUGGUGCGUGUUCAUCGGUGUGGGCGAGCUGCUGUGGGGACAGCUGAUCACAUCCAUCCCGACCCACCACCUCAAGUUCUUGAAGGAGGCCGGCCACGGCAUCACCAAGGAGGAGAUCCACAAGGAGGAGCUGACGGAGGACACGGACGAGAUCGACCACGCAGAGAUGGAGCUGAGGAGAGGCCAGAUCCUGUGGUUCAGAGGUCUGAACCGCAUCCAGACUCAGAUUAAGGUGGUGAACGCGUUCAGAAGCUCCCUCUUUGAGCUGGAGAGCCCACAGUCCCGUAGCUCCAUCCAUAACUUCACGGUCCAUCCAGAGUUCGUUCCACAGUCAGAGGAGGAGGCUCGCAUCUCCGAGGAGGCGGAGACCGACAUGGAUUUUCUCUCCUAGUCCUCAUCUUAGGCUGAGGGGGGAGGAGAAGCACCCCGCGCCUUCUCAACACAACCACCCUCCUCCUCCCUCCUCUUCAUCAGCUCCCCGCCAACUUAACUGUCACUCAAAGGAGGGAAGCCCCGCCUCCGUUCACUCUGCACCCAUCCACACCUCACUCUGUGUUCACCUGUGUUCUGCCACGUUCUCAUUCUGACUGUAAGUGUGUCCCUCCCUCCGCCUCCAGCACACCUGUUCAGUCCAGGUGACAUCAGUCCCCACAUGACAAGGCCUGUUCCUGUUCAUCUCUUAGCUUCGAUCUUUUUAAAAAGUUUUUUAGGCUCAGCAUUUUACCAAGCGUUCAGCAGUUUUUGUUUGCUUCAUUCCUUUUGUUCUGAAAACGGCACUGAACUUUUGUGAGAGCAGUGACGCUGAUGUUUGUAUAUUUUGAUGCAAAACUGUUUUCUUUUUCUUUUCUUUUUAGAUGUUAAUUAUGUUUGUUUUUAAGACAUCUAGUUCCAGUAUUUUGUCAUUUUUUUUCAAAAUUUAAAGAUGACAAAAUGAAACUGCGUUUUCUCAGCCAGAGUGAAAAACGUAAAAUAAAUCUUGUUCUUGUUACUUAGA